AUGAAUGAUAAGAAAGGUCAAUUCCGUGGAAAACCAUACGACAAUAAGAAGAAAGCUGGUUUUGGAGGAAAGCCAAGUGGGGGAGGAUCUAGUGCUCCGAUUAUGUGUUUUAAAUGUGGAGUUGAGGGACAUCGUGCUAUUAAUUGUCCCAAAGUCGAGGUAACAUGUUUCAAGUGUGGCAAGAGUGGUCACAAAGCAAACGAGUGUAGAGGUGGUUCGAAGGCAGCGUUGAAUGUUGGAUCUGGUUAUCCUAAGUGCAUAAAGGAGUUUGUGGUUAAGAAUGAUGGUUGGAAGCCCCCAGACGUAGGCGACGUUGCACUAAACUGGGUUGCCACUUCCUUUGUAUUCUUUAUUGCUUUAUGA